AGUAGGAACACUUAUAACUGAGGGAUGUCCGAGGAGCUUGGCGUUUUUCUCUGAAGGGGAAAGAGCGUGACCUCCUGCAGCGGUGCUGCCGUGGGCCGGGGCAGUGCGUGCGGUGCCAUGGAAGGAUCUUCCAAAGGUCUCGCCGGCGCUCGCGGCGCCGAGGCCGAAGCAGCCCGGGCGCGGUGCGGGGCUGUGCCACCCCAUACGCGCUCACCUGUCCCCGCUGAGCUGAUGGGCUCCAGUCGCGGGCUCCCACAGCAGCUCCCGGCUUCCCGCACCAGAGCGGCGGCGAGGCCAGGGUCCGCAGCCGAGGGCACCGCCAGCCCUCACCCGCCUGCCCCGGGCCGGGGCGCCUUUUCCCGUGGCCGUCCCGCCCAGGGGAGGGGGCAGCGGCCGCCUCCGGCCACACCUGUGGCGCUGCGGUGGAGGAAGCGCCCGAGGUCGGCGCAGACGGGUUGGCGCCUUGAAGGCACCAUGACGGUGGGUGCGCGGCUGGGCGCCAAGGUGAGGGGCAGGUUCUCCCGCCGCGGGCCCGGCGACGACCAGGUCUCCAUCCUGCCCGGCGAGGAGGAGGAGGCGGCGGGGGCCGGGGGCAGCGCGGGGGCCCCGCGGCCGGCGGCGCUGCAGGAGGAGGAGGAGGAGGAGGGCGCCGGCUGCAGGAAGGUGCGCUUCGCCGUCCUGCCCGGCUCCUACGAACCGCUGCGCCCGCCGCGGGCUCCCGGCAAGCGGCCCUACGGGAAGCGCCUGAAGAAGUAUGGAAAGAAUGUCGGGAAGGUUCUGCAGAAGGGUUGUCACUACUUGGUGGUCGGCCUGCAAGGAUUAGCAGCAGCCUAUUCUGCUCCCUUUGGAGUGUCAGCACAUGUGGCAUCCUUCGUCCGCUAGCACAGCUCCCUGUGCCCCAUGGGAGAGGACAUGAGGCCAUUGCUGUUUUCUCAGGAUUAAAUUUGAGACCUGGAUCUGAAAAACCUCUUGGACCAAGCCCUGAGCCCCUGCACCAAACCCUUUCCAAAACUGAGUGCUCUUCUCUGAAAAAAAAUUCCAGUGCUUUGUAAAAUCAGAUCGGGUCAAAGAAGUGUAAGAAUGAGAAAAUCAUCUUUGAAUAAUUGAACUGAAGUUUGUUUUCGGGCAUGAGUUGGUUUUCCAGAGCUUCCUGCUGUGUGGAAGGAAGCCAAGGAUGGAUGGAAAAGCAAGUAGUUGAGGGAGAGAGAAAUGAAGGAAAACAGAGGAUGGGAGAGCAGCUGGGGAGAUGGAGAUGAGUUUGGGUAGUGAGAGGAAAUGUCAAAGAAGUGGAGGAAACAGAUGACAGAGGAUUAGGAAAGUCUUUGGUUUUCUGAGAUUCUGAGUUUGGUGUAUUUUUUUACCUGAGAGGGUUAAGUUUAUGAGUGUACUUAAAAAUAUACUUGGACAUAAAUGGAAUGUGGCCUGAGACAUGGAGAGCUUUGCUGCAUCACAGUUGUUCAUUUCAAACCCUGGACAUAAUGAGCCUUUAAAUAAUCAUGAGAAAGAUGUAAAAAUACAGAAACAAAAUGAGGUGUGUAUUUGUGAUUUUGGGGGAUUAAAGGCUCACUAUGAUUAACAUUUUAAACUUUUCCUCUGCUACUGUGAAAUCUGCAUAUAUUUUUUUACUAGGAACAGAGUUUAUGUAUGAUAUACCUGAUUCUGGAAGCUGGGCCAUUUUACGCCUAAUUCUGUGGUGUUCACCAGGGGAAAAACAAUUAAUUGCCAGCUGCAUCUGAGGAAAAAAAUAUACAUACAGUGUUUGGUAUAAGAAUGUACAAGUGUGAUGUAUGAGAACAGGGCCAAAUAACCUGCCAGCUCCAUCAUCAUUUCUGCACCUGGAAGCUGUAAACAGAGGAUGUCAAUAUCAGAUAGCUCAGUGCUGCAGAUGCAGCAGCUUCUAUGCCACACCUCCAGGGACAUAAAUUGUAUAUUGAUGACACAAGGACAAGGUGGUCGAUGGGCCUUAAAAAUUUUGUGGGGUUUGUUUGUUUCUGUCAGUCUUUUGUGGUAGUCAUAAAUUACUUCCCUGCUAGCACUUUCUCGGUAUUAUAUAUCUUUCUAGUUUUGAUGGUGUUUUUGUAAUUAAGGAGUUGACUUAACUGAAAAAAAAAAUGCUGUUCACUUGCUUUCUUUGCCUUUUCUGAACAAAGGAGUUUGUAUGUCUUGGCAAACCACACUGUAUUUCUUUUAAAUGCAGCAAAUGAAUCAGAUGUGGGGGUGGGGCAGGGUGUUAUGCUCUUUUCUAACUGGACUGUAAAUAAAAGCCACGAGAUCCA